UUGAAGACAUCUAAUAAAGUUUUUUGUUAAAAAAAAAAAAACCAACAAUGCGAAGUGCAUUAUGGGUCCACUUACUGCAGUUGUCUUCGUGAUCUAGCGGCAGGCUCUGAUAAUGUUUACUGCCGCCGUCGCAACGAUUUCCAUGCCGUAUUUUGUCAUAUUAUGCUCCAGGGCGAUUUGUGGGAAGUAGCUCAGUUAACUGGUGCCAGGUAGCGUUAGCUAACUCUCUAAACAAUGGCCAGACAUUACCACCUAUGAGGCUACCAUGCUGAUAUUUAGUUUUCCUGGAUUUAAUCUCACUGUAAAUUCAAGAUAGCAGCAACUAUGGAUGCAUCUGAAGCAGAAGCCUCAACACAGAAUCAGGGAAAAGAGGAAGGUGCAUCAUCAGGUCAAGGAGAUGCUGGAGCAAAACCAAAAAAGGCAUCUUUGAAAAGAGCUGCAGAUGCGAAAGCAAAAAAGAAGCACAAAAAGGCUCGAGUGUCCAGACCUGCCCGGCCUGGUUAUACUGUCCAUCAAGGGGAAGAUAUGCUUCUCGUUAUAUCGAGUUCCACCUCUCAGUAUGACGGGUCAGUGUGGACUCUUAAAAAAAAGAAGGGAAGCAAAAAGAAGAAGUUGGCAAAAGGAAAAGGAAAAGCCAGUCAGGUUAAGAAAAAGAAGACAGUCAAUGCCAAGCCCAAACUGGAAAGUAAACCAGUUAUUGAAAAAGAAGAAAAAGUCGCAAAUUUGUUUCUAACUCAGGAAGAAGACGACCACAGAUGGGGCCAAAGCCUGCCUGAGGAGGUGCUAAUUAAUAUUUUUCAGAUUGUGGUCAUUCAAGAGGGAGCAGUGCCCUUUUUAUGCAGGGUGGGGAGAGUUUGUCGUCUGUGGAACGCCGCUGCCUCCAGUCCGAUCCUGUGGCGCAGAGUGACUGUCGGUCACUGCUGGAUUGCACCAGGGAGGAGCCAGCUACCAAAAACUGAGAAGAAGAUUAAGGACACUUUGGACUGGCUGGCACAGAGCAGAUUCUCUCAGCUGCAAGACUUUUCUCUGUGUCACUGGACAAAGAACGUUGACUAUGCAUUAGAGGUUGUUUCGCAGUACUGCCUUCAUCUUUGCUCCCUCAAGCUUUCUCAGUGCACAGGAGUGACAGCGGCGGCCUUCCGCAGCCUCGGUCUGCACAGCCGCUCCCUGCACAGCUUAAAUCUCCAGCAUUCAGAGUUCCAGGUUGAAGGACUCCUUGAGUAUCUUGAAAACCAUGGGAGCCAGAUCAGGCAAAUAUUGUUCACUCAUGGACUAAAGAAUGACAGACUUCUGGCUGCAAUCACUCGGGGAUGCUGUCCCGAUUUGGAGAUGCUGGAGGUCAACACCAAGCUUGACAGUAAAGACUGUGAACUUCCUGUUUGCAUCCAAGCACUACAGGUGGCAUGCCCUAAACUCAAGACCUUCCGGAUGCUCAACGUCCGACCUCUUCAUAAGACAAUGCGUACCGGUGUCGACUCAACAUCGGGCUUCCCACUACUGGAGGAGCUUUGUAUCGCAACCACAUCUUUUUCCUACUUGACCGACAGGGAUUUGAGGGACAUUCUCUUCGAUUCCACCAAACUGCGAGUGCUGGACCUGCGAGGCUGUUCUCGAAUCACAGCGUCUGGUCUUGCAGCUUUACCCUGUCUUGAGCUUGAGUGUUUGUUCUGGGGACAAUAUUUCAGCAGCCAUGUUGGGUUGUCAUCGCUUAAGAAAGGACUUCACACGUUGACCCAAAAAUGGAGUCGAACUUUGCAACAGCUGGACAUUGCAUAUCAGCUCUUCACUGAGGAAGACUUGGAGUUAGCAAUGAGUUACCUUUGUCAAGCUGAGGCAGACACACUGCGCUCACUAAACUUGAGUGGGACCAGAAUUACACCACGUGCACUCAGGCCAGUCAUUGGACAAAUGACUGCUCUAGACUACCUCAACCUUUCGUCCUGCCGCUAUCUUCCAAGAGGAGUGAAGAGGAUUUAUCGUGGCCAAGAAGACAUCCGCCAGCUGCUGGACAAACUGGAGUAGCUCUCACAUUCAUGUAGUUCCAGAAAUCAGAAACCAAAUUUACAAGGCAGACUUGAAUAUCUUAAUGCAGACCUCUUUGUGGAUUAUAUUGUCUAAUUGAUGUGGAUAUUUUGCCCUCAGGAUUUUUUGGUAGACAUUUUUUCUGUCUGUUACCAUGUUUGAAUGCAAAAAGCAGUAGUUUGGAAAAAGAAAAGAAAAACUACUGUAUUAAUGUCAGGUGGGUUGUUUUUUGUUUGUUUUAAACAAUGACCAACUCACACUAUGUGUGACACCUAGUACUGUAAAUAGAUCAUCCUAUUUGUAAAACUAAAUAUUCAUUUCUGUUAUUCCUGCCUCUUUUUGUACACUUUUUUAACAAUCAUAACAAUCGUGUCAAAAAAUAAAAUCGCUUUUUGAUCAAAAAUAAAUGUUCAACAUGUCACGAUAAAA